GGAAGUGUUGUCAAAUGAUUUUCACUACACUGAAACUAAGUUAGUUAUUACUGCAUCUGCUAAUAUCUUGCGAUGGACGGAUGUUCCGUUCAGAGUUUACCCUAAGAAACCCUGCGCCCCGAGUGUUCGGACCGCCGCCACUCUGACUUGGACGCAAGUGAAGUGAGUGUGUGGCGGCCAGGUCGCCUUCACAGCAGUCUGGGGAUGGAGGAGCGAGCGCGGAGCUGCCUCCUGCGGCACCGAGACACCCUGCAGCAAGAUAUCAAGGCCUCCUACCUGAUGGAUCAUAUGGUCAGUGAUAACGUGCUGACGCAUGAUGAAGAGGAGAAAGUGAGAGCAAAGCCCACUCGAAAGGAGCAAGCGGUUACUCUCAUCGACUUGGUUUUACAGAAGGACAAUCGUGCCUAUAUCUCCGUGUACAACGCCCUGAUCCGAGAGAGUUAUGGGGACCUAGCUUCCCUGCUCCAGCCGGACUUGCCUCUUAUCUCCCCAGAGGCACAGAAGAGCUUCUCAGAUGGAGGCACUCCCUACGUCAAUACAACGCUGAUUGAAGGUGGCGUCCCCCAGAGGCCGGUGGUUUUUGUCACUCGGCCCCCUCUGGUUAACCAAAUCAGGGAAAAGCUAUACAGGCUUCAGGACACUACAGGCUGGGUCACUGUGUUUGGCAUGGCUGGCUCAGGGAAGUCUGUACUUGCAGCUGAAGCUGUCAGAGAUGAAGCUGUUAUCAAAGAAUGCUUCCCAGGAGGGGUCCACUGGCUCUCUAUUGGGCAGCUGGAGUUACCAGGGCUGUUGGUGAAGAUCCAGUCCCUAUGUUUUCGUCUGGAGCAAACCUUGGACUCGUCCAGCCAGAGACCACCCAAUUCUAUUGAGGAAGCAAAGGAUCGGCUACGCUACCUCAUGCUUUACAAAUAUCCCAGGUCACUCCUGAUCCUGGAUGACAUCUGGGAUGGGGCAGUACUGAAGGCUUUUGACGUUCAGUGCCGUGUGCUCCUCACCACUCGAGAUCGCAGUUUAGUGGACUCUGUGGGAGGUCAGAGGUUUGAAGUGCACGUGGAAAGUGGACUGGGUCACAAAAAGGCUCUGGAGGUCUUAGCUCUGUAUGUGAACAAGAAGCCUGAGGAUCUUCCAGAUCAGGCAUACAGCAUUGUCAGAGAGUGCAAAUGCUCCCCUCUCGUAGUCUCCUUGAUCGGCGCUCUGCUCCAUGACUUCCCUGAUAGGUGGGACUAUUACCUGCGGCAGCUGAAGAUGAAGCAGUUCCGACGUAUCCGCAAGUCUUCCUCAUAUGACUAUGAAGCUCUGGACCAAGCCAUGGAUGCCAGCAUCACAGUUCUGCAGGAGGACUACCAGGAGCUUUACAAGGACUUCACUGUGGUGAAGAAGGAUGUCAAAGUACCAGCCAAGGUCCUCUCCAUCAUCUGGAAUUUGGAGCUGGAGGAGGUUGAGGACAUGCUGCAGGAGUUUGUAAACAAGUCCCUGCUGUUUCGGGACUGCACCCAUCGGCCCUAUCUGUACUACUUGCAUGACCUGCAGCUGGAUUUUCUCGUUGAGCAAAAUCGCUCCCGCCUACAGGAGCUGCACUCUAAAGUAGUUCGUCAAUACCAGCAGUUCUACAGGGAAGGUCCACCCAUCUCUGGGGACCAGGAGUGUCUGUACUGGUUUAGAUACCUCACAUACCACAUGGCUAAUGCUGGUCUCACUCAGGAGUUGUAUACACUAAUUUUCUCCCUGGACUGGAUCAAAACUAAGGCUCAACUCAUGGGACCUGUCUCUGUCAUCAAUGAUUAUGUGGAGCAUGGUGCCAUACUGGAGAACAGUGAGGUGUGCAAGCAGUUCCUGGAGUUCCUGUCAGUCAACGGGCACCACUUGGAACAGAAACCCUUCCCAGAUGUGGUUCAACUCGGCCUGUCACAGCCCGUGUCUUCUAGAGUGUACCAAGAAGCUCAGUUGCUGGCACAGCAGCAGACCAGCAGUGGUGCGCUCUACCUGGACUGGGUUAAUAAGAGUAGCCUGGAGAGUUUAUCUCGCCUGGUGAUUAAACCGCUUCAGGGAUUUAUCUACUAUGCCUGUUUCUCCCGAGAUGGCCUUAAGAUUGCCUCCUGUGGGUCAGAUAACACGUUGCAGGUGUUUAGGGUAACAUCUGGGGAAAAGCUGCUGGACUUUCGAGCUCAUGAGGACGAGGUGCUGUGCUGUGCCUUCUCUCCUGAUGACAGGCAAAUUGCCACUUGCUCCAGUGACAAGAAAGUCAAGCUGUGGAAUGCAGAGAAGGGCACCUUGAUCCGAACAUUUGAUGAAGAGCAUGAGGAGCAAGUGAAUCACUGCCAGUUUACCAACACGCGUCGGCGCAUCCUUCUGGCCACUUGUUCCAACGACAGUGUCUACAACAUGAAGCUAUGGAAUCCAAACAGACAGUCGUCUCAGAACACCUUGUUUGGACAUAUGGAGCCUGUCAGUCACUGUUGUUUCUCACCUGAUGACACAUAUCUGAGCACAUCAUCCAGUGAUGGGACAUUAAAGCUCUGGGAGGUUUCUUCUGCAAAUGAGUGGAAGUCCAUCAAUGUCCAGGGAAUCCUGGAUGAAGAUGAGGAGACGGAGACCAUAGUCAAGUGUAGCAGCUGGUCAGCUGAUUGCAGACGCAUUUUCUGUGCCGCAAGAAAUGCAGUCUUUAUGUUUGAUGUGACAACGACAGAGCUGCUCUCUGAGAUUCGGACCAAUCGCCUCAGCACAGUGCAGUUCUGCGACGCCUGCCCCAACAGCCAGCUGGUUGCCGUGGCACUCUCCCACUAUGCUGUUGAGCUGUGGGAUGUUGAGGCCAAGAAGAAGAAAGCCGACUGCAGGGGACACCUGAGUUCGGUCCACUGUGUCCGCUUCUCUCCCGAUGGUGCGCUCCUCCUCUCUUCCUCUUCUGACCAGACCUUCAGACUCUGGGAAACCGAGAAAAUCCACACCUCCUCCGCCGUCUCACUGAAGCGGGACUUGGACGUGCUCUUUGAUGACAGAGAUGUCAUAAUUGUGGCCCCUGACAACAAGAACAAAUUACAGGUGCGGAGCGGAAAUGCGGGUGAUGUGAUGUUCCAGUCACAGAAGCUGGAGUCUCGAAUCCGAUGCGUGUGUCUCUAUCGGGACCCCCUGGUUGUGGCACUGGGGCAAGAAGAUGGAGUUGUGCAGGUGCUGGAGUUGCCCUCUGGGAAGGUUCUGCAUGUGCUCUCUGGCCACACCAAGACGGUACUACACUGCCAGUUCAACGCUGAUGGACAUACGCUCAUAACAUCCUCAGAGGACGCAACUUUAAGGGUGUGGAAGUGGAGGACGGGGGAGUGUCGGGUGCUGCAAGGUCAUACGGAACAAGUGAGGCGGUUCCUGUUGUUGGAGACCAUGUUUCCUAUGCCUUGCCUGCUCUCCUGGUCUUAUGAUGGCACUGUUAAGGUGUGGGACAUGAGCACCGCGGAAAAGAUCCAAGACAUCGUGUGUCACCAGGGUUCCAUCCUGUCGUGUGAUGCCUCGCCUGAUGGACACUUGUUUGCCACGACCUCCACAGACAAGACCGCCAAGAUAACAGCAAGCAGAGCUGGUGUUGGAAGUAACUAGACAGGAAGUCCUCAAUGCCUGGGAAGCAGCCUCUCCACUUGUCUCAGCCAGCAGACAGGAGAGCAGGUUACUUGGUCCUGAGAGCCUGGUUAGACACCUGAGAACCCGAAAGCACCAACAGUAAAACAUCCUGGUUUAGACUGGAGAACUCUCUGUUAAAUAAAUGAUGUGCUGGUGGUGACUCCAUCCUCUAGGCACUGAGGGGUGGGUCUUACCUCCAUCUGUGGGCACUGGACCAGAUGGGUCAGAUCCAGGCCAGAUGGCUGUGUAGGCGUCUCACUUAGCCAGCUGUCUUUGGACCCACCGUGAACCCAACUUUGACUUGACUUUGCAGCAGUUGUGUGAAGAUGGUAGUGUUUGGAUUUAAGCUCAAAGUGGAGGGGGAGGGUAAAGACUUCAGGGACCAAACCUGUUAAAGGCUGGGAUCAUCCCCGCUGGAGAAAGAGAAGAGUAGAUUUCAGAGAAAAGCAGUCCCUGAUCAUGCUGUGAAUACAUUACUGCAGCCAGUCAAAAAGGGCUUCCUUGGAAAAGACAGGGUUUGCUACAGCACAGUGAAAUAUUCUUUUUAUUUUGCUGAUUGGCAGUGGAUGACUGGUUUGUUUUUGACAUUGCCAGUCACAGGGGAGAUGUCUUGGUUGGCUGUUUGUCUGAAACCCUGAUGUAUAGUGUGUGUUCCUGUCUUUAUUUUGUCUUGUGGCUUCUGGGCAAACUAACUCUGUCAUUCCAUCACAUGACUGAAUCCGAGGUCCGAGUCCCUACAACCUUCUAGCAUAACUCCAUGACAUGUGUUCAGAUUCUCAGUUUAUGGUGUAAUCAUAGUGCUGAUGAGUGAAGGUUAUUUAUCUACCCCCGUGAAAAUUUUUGCGUGGUGGUCCUCAGAAAACCGAUCUUUCGAUACGCUGAUAUGAGUAUGUGAGAUUUGUUGACCUUAACCUUGAACUUAAGCUGAAAU